AUGGUCUACUUCACUCGCACCCUUCUCGUCGCAAUCACUUUUGCAACCAUUCCAACCAUCAACGGGGUCCCCCUGACAGCAUCGCAAGAUAGAUCGAACAUCGCUCGCCGCGCUCUUUGCGGUCUCUUUUGCCACGCAAAAUCCGACCUCGAGCUGCAUUUCCGAAGUUGUCAAAGUUGCCCAACUGCUACUUCUUACCAGAACCAAUGUUCUCCAUGUGAUGGCGUCCUCCAAGCUAAAGCAGAGAAAAUUGUCAAGAAGAACUGGAAGAAGGAUAAGCAACUCAACUCCAACUACCAGGCCGUCGAGAUACAUUACUAUGCGAAUUCUGGGUCGCAUAUACAUGCGAUGUAUUUCACGGCUGAUGGCCAUCGAGUGACUGUCUCGUACCUCUACGAAUGA